AUGACACCCAGUGAGGGUAGGGCACAAAAUACAUGGCCUCGAAAACAUGCAACACGGGGAGAGAUAUGUAGCAGCCGGAGGAGAGCGUUUCAAAAAGCUGGAAUUCGACCCGUAGUUCACAGCAGACUAGUCGUUCCUACUCGCUGGAGGAAAACUUUAAACGAACCAUGCACUAUCAAUGUUUUUACCCAUGGAGAUGUGUUGAUUCCUCCUGCUCAAAUACUGAUACCAAAGUUUACUCUCACUAACUGGGAAAGUGUCUUGGCCAUGGUGACAGAGAAAGUACAUCUGCGCACUGGUGCUGUUUACGGGUUGUGUACAUUUGAUGGGACUCCUUUAAUUGGUCCGAUGGAGCUGGAGAACAACCAUUUUUAUGUUGCCGUGGGAGCAGAGAGGUUCCGCUUCCUGCCGUACUUUCAGUCAGUUCCUUGUAGGGAGAUGAUCCAGGACAAAAGUGCUCAUGUAGUCAACUGUGAGAGUAGCCCUGUCAGUGCACCCACAAGAAAAUGCAAAAAUUUAAAGGAUGUGGUCAGUGUUCCCACUUCAAGACAAAAGUGUCCCAAUAUACACAACAUGCAGAAGAAGCAUGCCUGUGUUGACUGUUAUUGA